CUCGAAGAAGAACGGAACAGGCGCGAAUAGAUCUGUUUGAAUAGGAGAAGGAACAGUUCGCCCUCAGUGUCACCACGAUGGCCCAGUGUCACAAAUUCCAGGAUUUGGAAGAGUCUGGAGAAGCGCUGGUGGCUUAUAUUAACAGCAGCCAACCUGAGAAACUGAGACGAGUGAAAGAUGCUCAUCAGAUCCUUUUUGACCGACAUGUAGACACAAAGAAGACUGUGACACAGAUUUUAAUAGAUGUGGCUCAGAUUGAGGAGACCGCAGGUCAGAGGCUGCUGGACAUGGAGGAGGAGCAGAAGCAAAGGGACAGGGAGUUCAGUAGCCUGGAGGAGCAGCUGAGCCAGUUAACGUCCAAGAGCCAGAUCACUGACUCUGAACUACAGUUUCUGCAGAGAGAGUUCGAAGCUCUAAUAAACAAUGAACGGGACCUCGAGACUCUACAGAACGAGGUGGAUGAAGACACGACUGAAGUCAUCCCUUCGGCAGUAUACGUCGCUCAGCUGUACUACCUAAUAACCAAGAUCAAGUGGGAAUAUGAUACAGACCCAAGCAUUUUAAAAGGAGUGCACUAUGGUGCAGAGCUAGCGACUCCUAUAAACACUGACAAAUCAACACAAACUCCAGAUGAAAUAAGCGACCAGCUGUGGGGCUUCGUCAGCACUGAAUGGUAGAAGACACGGUGAAGUGUCCAUCAGUUACAUGUUGUGUAUGUAUUUGUAUUCUAUGUGUUUUUGUUUAUUUUUGUGCUUCAUCAAACAUUUAUAUUGUUUUAAAAGUCAAUCUCUUUUGUAGUUUUUCUUUGAUGUGUUUCACACUUUCAUUAAAAACCUGUAAAAGUU